CAAAAAGCUGCGCUGCGACAAGUUGGUCUGCUCUUUUCUGUUGUUGCAGCGUUUAGAGUGAAAAACACAACAAUUCAAAACGUUCAAAAGUGUUUCAAAGCUUUACAAAUGUGUUCAAACAACAUAGGUCUGGUCAUCACUGCCACACAGUGAUUGUGAAUCCACUCCCAAAGCAAUUCACCAAUAAAUGCUCUGAAUAUUCCUGUAAUCUUUGAACUGAAGAAGAGUUUCCAGAAGAGCAGGACAAAUUUCAAGUGUGUCAACAAUUUCUGACAUACUACUGCAAAGAUGGAUUUUAUUAAAGAGGAGAGAGAGGACAUGUGUUAUCUAGAACCACACAGAGUGAAAGAUGAAGAAACUGAGGAACAAAUAGGCCUGAUGGAAGUGAAAGUGGAAAGUCAAGAACUGAAUGAAGUGGAGGAGACGUGUCACUUUCAGAUGCCUUAUGAUUUUGUAACUGGAGAGAAAUCAUUUAGUUCACAGACUGAAAUGAAUUUCUCACAACAAACAACUCAAAGAACAAAAGCCACAAAUUCUUUUACCUGCACUCAGUGUGGAAAGAGUUUCAAACGGAAAGACUGCCUUAAGGUACACAAAAGAAUUCACUCUGGAGAGAAGCCUUUCAUAUGCCCUCAGUGUGGAAAGAGUUUCAGAGAGAAAGGAAAUCUUAAGAGUCACCUGAGAAUUCACACUGGAGAGAAGCUUUUCUCAUGUCCUCAGUGUGAAAAGAGUUUCACACAGAAAAUAAGCCUUGAUAACCACAUAAGAAUUCACACUGGAGAGAAGCCUUUCACAUGCACUCAGUGUGGAAGGAGUUUCAGACAAAAAACAAGCCUUAAUAUUCACAUGACCAUUCACUCAAGAGUAAAGCCUUACAUGUGCCCUCAGUGUGGAAAGAGUUUCUCACAGAAAGAAAGCCUAAAGGAUCACAUACAAAUUCACACUGGAGGGAUGCCUUUCAAAUGCCCUCACUGUGGAAAGAGAUUCGCAGAUUUUAAUAAUCUUCAAAAUCAUCUGAAUUCUAAGCACACUGGAGCAAAGUCAUUUAACUGUGAUCAGUGUGAUAGAAGUUUUAUCUCAGAAUCAGCCCUGAAGGGACACCUGACAAUUCAUGCAAAGAAGCCCCAUUUGUGUUCCUUUUGCGGAAGGAGUUUUUUGUGCCCGUACCGUUUCAAAGAGCACCAGGAAAGUCAUACUACUGUGAAAACUCAUGUGUGCCCUGAGUGUGGCGAUGCCUUUGCAGGAGCCGGCAACUUGAAGAUGCACCAAAGAGUCCAUAUUAAAGAAAAUAAGUGUUUAUACUGUGAAAAGAGUUUCACUCAUUUAGAAGACCUGGAAGCACAUGAGAAAGUGCAUACUGGAGAGUAGCCAUAGCUCUAGCCUUCAUGUGGGAAAGAGUUUCAAGUCACAAAGUUCAUCUUCAGGCCCAAUGCUUUAAAGGAAACUGUUAAGAACGGAACAAACUUUCUUGUAUUAAAAUCAAGAUUAUUCCAUGGUGUUAGAAGCUUAACCAGUCAAAUACUCUCUCUCUUUCUCUCCCUCUCUUCCAUGCUGCUGUCAAUUCAGAUGGGAGCACUGCAUAGCAUUUCUCAUCCCAUCUGCACUCCUCUUUACCACAAAAAUACAGCAAAAAAAAACAAAAACAAGAAUGAACAUCAGAUGGGACAUUGAAAGACACAAUGCCACUGGUUGAAAUUAUAAUCUUGAUGUUGAUGUUAUCUGCGUUUCAACCACAGGAAGACGUCAAUGAUGUCAACAACUUACUCUUAAUUAUCUGAUGUCAGUAGUUUGUUAGCUUAAGAAAAUUAACUGUAGAGAUAUAAUCUGUCACUUAAAGGGAUUCACUUUUCAUGGAUACAGCUCAUUGCAAAGAAUUGAACCACAUAGGUGUCAGAGAAUGACCAUGUUUACAUGCAUUUAAGAAAACCGUUUAUUCCAGGGUUUUAGCGGAAAGCGGUGUUCUGAAAUGUCAUGUAAACAAAAAUGCUGGUUUCCUUACACCUUUUAAGGGAUUAAGAGAAAGUGGUUUAACACACCUAGGUUUCUCUCGGAGAACGCAGCUUAAUGUGCUCAUGUAAACGCAUAAGAGGUGUUCUGAUGGAUGUUUGAAGAUUGCACGUGUGUGGAACACACCGGGAAAACAAAUGUCAUGGGAUGGAGCCCAACAACAUGUCAACACAGCAGAAAGAAUUCAACAUUUCUGAGAGUACAGUGGGGAACUCACAUAUAGUAGUAUAAACUAUUCCUAUUUAUACACACGAAUGUAAAAUAGCGACUGUCCUUAACAUCUGCAUAUAUGCGCUUGCACAUUGAGGGAAUCCCAGUUUUAUGUACAUUGGGGGAAUCCCAGAAUUUUAUGUAAGGGAAACCCCAAAACUGCAUCUCAAUUUAGCUGCAGGUCACAAUAGUAAUUGAAGGAAACAAACAUUGCAACAACUCUGGAAUGUCUGGAAGUAAAGCAAAUCAACAGCGUAAAGUAGUGAAGUCUUCCUCGGAUGCCAUGUGUGUUAUUUACCCAAGCGUUGCGGGAAAACUACGUUGCUGUGGAGAAAGUUGGCCCGCAUGUAUACGGGAGUAAAGAGUACGCCACUUAAACCGUGCAUGUAAACAGGAAAGCUGUUUCUCGCAAUAAGCCUCUUUCUGGUGUCCAUGUAACAAUAGUCAGCGUGCAGUCUGUGCAUGGAUGCGUGAAUGGAAUCAUUACAGCCCGUUUUCUCAAAAACAAAGUUUUAUGACAGCCAGCGUUCAAGUGAUUAUAUCCUGGCAAUGGUUUAUAAUUAGAAAGCUAAAAAAAUUUUUUGUUUUUUUUACUUUAGUGCAUAAAACUAAAAAUGUGAUUCUGGGUCAGUGCGACUCAAAAUGCUGGUGCAGGGCACAUAUAUGUAUGGAAUAAUUGACGAUGGACCAUCAAUUAUGUGGCCUCUGCUUUGCAUCAUUGUACAUUUAUUAUUCAUUAUUUUAUUCUGCUUGUACCACGAUUACUGCACCUCAAGACAUCUUUUAGGGUUUUAUCUCAGGACAUUUUCAGGUUUGCCACAGAUAAGAUAUGAUAGAAUUGUUACUUAGCCAGUGUUUUAUCUGGUUAUUUUGCUGUCUUAGCCUGGACGGCUCUUUGAAAUAACUGAAAUAUUUUAGCAAAGUGAUUUGGAGUAGUUAUGGGGUCAAGACCUUAAUAGACGUGCGUUUAUGGAAAAAAAAAGUUUUACAACAAAUCAAAAUAUUUGUAUAUAUGUGUGUGUGUGUGUGUGUGUGUGUGUGUGUGUAUAUGUGUAUAUAUAUAUAUAUAUAUUAGGAAAUGGACUUUGGUUAUUCCAGGGCAUGGGCAUGGUUGAAAAUAAUUGUCAUUCAUUGUAUCAAGGGUUGUAUCAUGUAAAACCUGUAAAUACCAGGAAAUUUCAAAAUUGUUAUUUUGAGGCAUGGAAAUGUCAUAUAAUAGUCAGUGUAAUUCGCAAAUUUGUAAUCAAAUGAGUAAACCUUAUAAUAUAAUGUAGUCUUUAAUUUUAAGGAUUGGUAAGCUAAUGUAUAGGAAUAAGUCUAAAAGAGAAACCUUUCUGUAAAUAAUCCUGCAACUCUUCCAUUCUUAUCACAGAUUUUUUUUAAAACAUCAAAGGCAUUGAAAAACAUAAAACAUCUACAAUAUACGUACUCAAUUGUAAUCAUUUAUUAGGAAAGUGUUGUUUAAAAAUAUAUCAGGUGCAUCUGAACAAGUUUUUUAGCAAUUAUGAUACAAAUGUGUAAUUUAUUAGGGCUUCCGUUCAGAUCCAGCUGGUUUCAGUUCCUUUUCAUUAGAACUGAAUAAUGAGAAUUCACAUUUUUUUAAUGUGAAGUGUGGAUCUAUUCAACUUUUGUUUAUAUAGACACCGAAACGUACAAUAUUGAUGUAUUGACCGGUUUCAGUGACCUUUGCUUGACAAAAAUCAUUCUGAUCGAAACGUUGCUGUGGUUUUUAAAUUAAUAAAAGGGAAUAAUUAAACGGUGUGUGGAUCCACUUCAGUUUUAUUUCAUUGACCUGUUUCAGUGACAUUACUUUUUCCUCGCAGCCACCGUUUUUGUGACCAUCAGGAAGAAGCAAUGGCGAUUAAUGGAAAAACACCCGUGAAACAAUAUCAAGAAAAACAUCAAACAUUGCUUUUUAUUCAUGCCCCAGGAAAAGUGUAUACAGGUCUAAAGACGGCACAAAUAUUGCCAAAUUUGACUUUCGCUGACAUUUAAAUAUAUUUGAUAAAUGUUUCAUCUCUGUACCCUGGCCAGUCUGUGUGACCGGUACAUCAUCGUAGACAUCUCUCUUUCAGAAGUUACACAUGUUUUUGUGUUGUUUUCUGGUCUGAUUUGGUCACAAUUACAAAAUGUCUGUGAUGAUCUUGUCUGUAUGAAUGUAAGAGCUGCUUUUAGCUCAUAAAGAAUACACAAAGCAACCAAGGUAUGAACAUUAGUGCAGUGGAUCUCAACUGGUUUUGCUUCGGGACCUAGAUUUUACAUUUGAUAUCAAGUGGUGACCCACCAUAGUAAAAAUAUAACCUGUAUUUAAUGUAUCCUGGCUGGCAUUUCCUUUUUAUAAUAGCUUUGUUCAUGGUUUUCAAGUAUAUGGGCAUGCAUCAAGUGACAUUAUUUUUGCUGUUGAUGUAGAUUAUUUCAUAUGAAACUAUAACAUUUUGUCAAAAUAUAACUGUUACUUUUACUCUGGUAAAAUCGUGAAACAAUUUUGUAAAGGUGAUGAUGUGUAAUGAAAUGUAUAUAUUUCAUUACACAUCAUCACCUUUACAAAAUUGUUUAUAUAUAUAUAUAUAUAUAUAUAUAUAUAUAUAUAUUAUAUAUUUGCAUAUGCAGUGUUGCUCUUUUCCUCAAUGUAGUUUGGCAUGUCAGCUGCCUACUGUUUGGGAGGUUUGACUUGACUUCCUCAGUAACGCUUUAAACUAGAAAAGUCUCACUAGAAUUUAAAUGUGUCUCAUUCUUUUUGAGGUCUGCGCACCGCAAUAUCGAGGGAUCAAUACUGCGCAGCAAAGCAGAUCAUUAGCGUAAGCUGGUUCCGUUACACUCGCACAAAAGCUGUAAUCGGACAACGACAGUAUUGCAGUGUAGAUGAGAAACCUUUAGCUGAAUGCAAGAUUUUCAUUAAAUUUGCCUCGGCAGUCCUAAAUAGGCUAUCACUUGUGUGGCCGCCGAAAAAUCUUCAGUGAAAGAACCUGUUUCUUACCCAGUCCGAAUAGACUUGCGACCCACCAUUUGAGACACACUGCAUUGGUUUAUAUGACUAAUAAGUGUACGUUGUACUCUGGUGGUGUAAAUAAAGUCUGUGCUUCAUAAUCUUAUGAUGUGUUGUUUAUUGACUAACAUUAGUAUAUACAUUUAAAUAUUUAGGACUGAAUAUUGGCAUUAUAGUGCUUUUUAUUUACAGUAUUGCAAUGUUUUCAAGUUAUGACAUAUCUUUAUACAGUCUGGGUGUUAUGAAUUUAACAUUGUCCUAUGUGCAUUUCCAGUUUAGACUCAAUUAUGUUAUAAAUAUAAUUGACAGGUGUAUGGAUAACUGACCUGUCUGAAUAAAUUAGCAAAAACCUGUCACAUGACUAUGCAAGUGUUGUUGCUUAGAGGAGCGCUUCACUUUGCUACAGUUAUCCUUUUAAUCAAUAAAACCAGUGAGAACUGAAAUAGUUUUGAUUGUUAAACUCUGCUGAUUGUAUAGGAUGUCGAAAAAUUUGAAACCACCAGCCUGUGGGGACAUUAAAAGGCACUUGCGUUCGCACGCAUCUGAUGCCUUGCAGGAUCACGAUGGUGGGGGUCCGGUUGAUAAUGUCAGCGAACCUCAUGACGUAUGUCAAGAUAUUGCAAACAUUUAUGCAGCACUAAUGAAAAUCUCAACAGACAAGGAGGACCUUGCAGAAAUACUUCGAGCGACCACAUCUGUGAAGGCAAAACUUUCCACCUUGAUUACAAUAAUAGACGAAGUUGAAAAGCGAGUUGAGUUGACCCAGCUCUCAGUGCCUGACCCCAAUCUGUCGAUGGAUAACCAGCUUUCUGACAGAUAGGCAGCAGCUAGUGAGACCGGGGAAACUCACAUGUGGGACCUUUGCCAUUAGCGCUGGUGCUCCUCAGGGAUGCGUUCUCUCUUCACUCCUCUUCUCCCUGACCAUACACGAAUAACUGCACUGCAAAGGACCCCACUGUGAAGCUCCUGAAGUUGACACCACGGUCAUCGGCUUCAUCCGUGAUGGUGACAAGUCUGCAUACAGACGCGAGGUUGAACAGCUGGCUGGCUGGUGCGGUCACAACAACCUUGAGCUGAACACGCUCAAAACAGUGGAGAUUAUAGUGGACUUCAGGAGAAAUUCCCCCUCAGACAGAAGGAAACUACAGUGGACAGUCAGGACUGGUGAGAGGAUUAUUGGUGUCCCCUUGCCCAACCUCCAAGACCUGUAUGUCUCCAGAGUGAGGAGACGUGUAGGUAGAAUCACUCUGGACCCCACACACCCUGCCCACUCCCUCUUUGAACUGUUGCCCUCUGGCCGGUGCUACAGAGCACUGAGCACCAGGACAUCAAGGCACAAGAACAGUUUUUACCCUCAGGCCAUUUACCACAUGAACAAUUAAACUGCCUCAGGACUCCCCCAUAGUGCAAUAAUGUAAAUAAAUAUCUCAUGUACAUAUGUAAAUUCACAUAUUUAAGUAAAUAAAUGUACAUAACCCUAUCUUGCACAUACAU